CGGGCGAGUGGAGUCGGACUUCCUCCGUUCCCGUAGUCGCCCAUUGAUCCGAAAGGUCAAAGCGAUGAGCGAGUCGAUAUCCGUCGGUAGUUCCCGGGCUGCAAGCUCGUCCUUUGCUUCCUCCGAUACUACGUGCAGGAACGUGUCGAACAGCGCUUCCGGGUUCCAGGCACACAGCUGCCAACGUGCAGAAAUCCACUGCAUAGUCUGCCCCACUGCGGGAUUCUUGCCGAAGCUGGAGUAACUUCCGGGCAGCCUCUCUCCCGGACAAUGGAGCGUCGAAAACCUUAUUUACCUCCUGCAUGAACUCCUCCAGACUGAAGCAUACGGUUGACUGUUGUUCCCACACUGCCGUAGCCCAGGCGAGAGCCCUCCCGGACAUCAGCGUGAAGAGGUACGCUAUCUUAGAGCGGUCGGAGGAGGGCUGCAGCCCGAUGAUGAGCGAACACUGAGCGAGAAAUGACUGACAGGUUCCCGACUCUCCAGCGAAGCGUUCCGGGGGAGGUACAGUAAAUCAGAGGGCUUUGUUUGCCUGAACUCAGAGCAGCAGCGGAGACCGUGUGAUGAUUACAAAGUCAUGUUGACCUGCUCAGGAACAUUCUGUUCAGAGUGCAGGACAAACUGGUUCGACCAUGACGACCCCACAGGGAACAGAGACUACGAGGUCCUGAGCGUGCUCCUCACCAUGUACCCCAGAGAUAUCUGUCCUCAGCCUAUAGCCAUCGAGGCCCAGACCCGCUCCGGACAACCUGCCUCUGACAGUGGAGACACUUUGCUUAUUUAUGAUUCCACCUACAGGUUUGCUUGUGUAAAUGCAGACCAGAGGAGUGGAAGCUGUAAGGACAACAGAAUCCGGUUCACAUGCCCUGCAGAGUUUUGUCAAGUCUCUGAGGAGUGUGGGACGUGGUAGCUGAGCAGUGAUACCCCGUCAGAUGAGGGCGACCUGGAGUCCAUCCCCCAGCUGCUGCAGACGUUUCCUGGUCAAGUGUGUAGAAACCCCAUCAGCAUCGAGGCCCAGACCACCUAUAGGAUAUCUGCUCAGCACACUGGAGACACCUUCCUCUCCUAUGAUGUCACAUUUGGGUUUGUCUGCAUCAACUCUAAACAAAAAGAUGUGGACAGUGCGAGGACUACCACGUGAUGCUAACCUGUCCCUCUGAUAUCUGCCAAGGUUGCAGGAUGCGUUGGUUUGACUUGGACAAUCCUAUUGGGCGGGGCGACUAUGAGACCGUCCUUCAGCUGCAGAUGGAAUACCCCAAUUAGGUCAGUUCCCAGCCUGUGGCCAUCGAAGCCAUGACCAUGUCUGGUUCCCCCGCCCUGCAGACCGGUGACGUCCUCCAAGUGUAAGGCAUACAUACCUGCUCACAGAUAACUUAGUGACCUCUAUGAUGUGUCACUGACAUCCAAUGAUAUCCAAUAACAAACUAGGUAUUGGCGAUAUUAAAGGGUCAAUAUCCUUCACAAUUCCAACCUACAUUUUACAUAUUAAAUUAGCUUACAGUCACAUUUCCAAAGCUGUAUGUAUAGAACUUCAGGAGUUAACGCAUGCCCAUAGCUACUAAAUGAUUUGCCUGUGUGUAUUUUCCAAGAAUGAUGCCACUCAUGGAUUUGCCUGUGUGAAUGCAGAGCAAGAUGGUAGACUCUGUCAGGACUACAAAGUCCGUUUCACCUGCCCUCGGGCAUUCUGCUCAGCGGACAACCAAUGAGAACCAAUCCACAUGACAGCAAAAAGAACCAGAGUUCUGCGCCGAAUGGGACAAAUGUGCUUUUGGUCUGAGCUGCUGUGCUGUGGGCAGACUUACGCAGAGAGAACCAUGAUUCUGCUGACUCCAUCCUCUGGUUUCUUCCAGCACACCAAUAAGCUUUUUCUGAGCGAGCAGGCCACUGGUGUCCAGCUCAAGGAGUUUGUACGCAAAAAUGCAGCCAAUGCUCUGUCUAUGGCCAACAUGCUUAUGGGCAUGGCCUCCAUUCUCUGCAGCCUGAACGGCCACCAACAUGCUGCCUGCUGGCUGGUCCUGAUUGGCUACCUGCUGGAUUUGGCAGACGGGGCAGUUGCCAGGCGACUGGAUGCAUGCUCUGCACUAGGGGCUAAACUGGAUGAUUUUGCAGAUUUCACAACCUUUGGGAUUGCAACUUCAUUGCUCCUGAGGACACAUGCCUUAAUGGACAACAUCCUGUGCAUGUGCUAUGUCCUGUCUGUGAUUGUCCGACUCUGCUUCUUCUCCAGCGGCAUCCCCUUCAUGUACCGUGGCCUGCCAUGUAUCUACUCUUCUGCCAUCCUGGCCUGUCUCUCUCUUCUGACCGGAGGUAACAUGGUGAUCCUGCGGGUCACUGCGGUGGCCAUGAUCCUCUUCAUGGUCAACCAGGGCUUCUACCCUCACGACAGGGUCCUGGAGUCACAGGCCUGGAAGAAGGUGGUCUACGCUGGAGGAGUUGUCAUGGUGUUCUGUUCCUCUUUCCCUCCGGCAUGUGUGUACUACCUCUUGUGGUCUGUCUCCUACAUUUUGUUCCCAACAACUCUAUGGAGCUGCAAAGUGUAGUAGGCAUUAAAGGCCUUGCUACAAAUUCACACUCGCACAUGGCUUGUCAACAAGCCGUCCGGUGGGGUUAACUAAAGCGCCCAGACUGCUGCUGCUAGCUAUCCACAGCGGAUCGAAAAACAGAACGUAAGAGGACGGUGUAAUGUUUUUGUAAGAUUUAACUGCCUUUUUCAUCAUGAACACUUGAUGGAUAAUGUACUGUACCUUAGCCAUUUCUGUUUUUGAUUAAGACAGGGUUUGGGUAUCUGUAUCUAUUAUGUUUGUACAAUACAACUGCAGAGUUGUACUGUCUAGUGUGUACUGUAUCAUCCCUUAUGCACUAAUUGUGCUUGAGAUUACUACAACAAUAAUACAAAAAAGUAUUUUCAGUAAUUAAUAAAGUCAUUGAGAAGUU